AGCACUAAAAAAAUAAAGACGGCAGAGAGCCAAAACGGGCCAUUAACCCUGGAGGCCCGUUGGAUUCCUCUGCCCGCAGACAAACGGGGAGGCGAAUGGCAGAGCAAUCCGACCCGAAUCCCUCUCCCGCUGGCUUCUCCUCUCCCGUCAACGGCGGUAGAACGGUGAAGGAAUGCCAAGACAUGAUUCAGAGAAGCCUCCGAACUCCGACGGUGAAAUUUUUGGUGGAGCAUCUGGCCAAAGCUGGGUGCGGAGUCGGGGACCAGUUCAUCAAGGCCGUCCAUUGCGACAAGCAAAUCAGCGGCGGUUACGUUCGCGGCGAAGGGAUAAUUGUAUGCAGUAAUCACAUGAACAUUCAAGAUGAGGUCAACCAGGUAGUUAUCCAUGAGCUGAUUCAUGCGUAUGAUGACUGUCGUGCAGCAAACUUGGACUGGGCUAAUUGCGCUCACCAUGCUUGUAGUGAGAUUCGAGCUGGCCAUCUAAGUGGUGAUUGCCAUUACAAACGGGAAGUAUUGCGGGGUUUCUUGAAAAUACGAGGUCAUGAACAAGUGAGUUUCAUAUUUUUUGAAACUGUAUGUGACUGUGUGAGAAGAAGAGUUAUGAAAUCAGUGACUGCAAAUCCUCACUGCUCAGAAGCGGCUGCAAAGGACGCCAUGGAAGCUGUUUGGGAUGUUUGUUACAAUGAUACAAAGCCAUUUGAUAGAGCUCCUUGAAACAUGGUUUCCAUUGCUCACUGGCCAGUGCUUAACAAUUUUCAACUGAAGUGGUAUAUGAACAGACACUGGUUUCUGAUGUUUUUGGAGUUUGCCCUUCUGCAUCUAAUAGUAGAGUUACAUAUAUUUUAUGUAAUUCAAUUUGAGGUUCAUUUUUUCAGUUUUUAUUUUCAUUUUAUAUCAUUGACAUUUACUGAAUGAAUAAAAAAUCUCACAAUUUUUUU